GAGCGCGAGCUUGCGAUCGUACCCCACUCCCCUAACCCCGCCCGCUCUUUACCUACCGGCCGUAGCUGGCCGGGUGGGCUCGCGCGGAGACGCUCGCGCGCGCACGCGCACACGACGCGGAGCGGAGCGCGAGACAUCGAGGAGGGGAGUAAGCGGCAUCAGAGGAGGCGGUUUGUGUAUCUGUGUGUUCUACGGUGUAGCUAGCCGAGGGGCGAGCGGAGGCUUGAAGAAGGGCGAGGGAGAACCGAAAAGAGAGUCACCCUCCGCGAGAGCCUCUAAUCUGGUUGCUAUGGAAACAUAUGACCACAUAAAAGGAAGUCUAUUCUGAUAAUUCUGUUACCUGAGAUGCAACUGGACUGAAGAGUGGAACAGGAAAAAUUUUAGUGCCAACCUUAAUUACAAUGGAUACUGAUUCAGGAGGGCCAGCUAGCACAGAAGAUUCUGAGAAACCUGAUGGAGUUUCAUUGGAAAACAGAGUUCGUCAGGUUGCAGCAACUUUGACCGUGGAAGCUAGACUAAAGGAGAAAAACAGUACCUUCUGUGCUUCUGGAGAAACUAUAGAAAGGAAAAGAUUCUUUCGAAAGAGUGUUGAGAUGACAGAAGAUGGCAAAGUUGCUGAAUCUUCCUCCAAAGAUGAGAGAAUAAAGACUGCAACAAAUAUUCCAAGAGUAGAAAAGCUUCCUACAAAUGUGCUAAGAGGCAGACAAGAAGUUAAAUAUGAGCAGUGUUCAAAGGGAAUGUCAGAAUCCUCAAAAGAUUGUUUCAAGGAGAAAAAUGAAAAGGAAAUGGAAGAAGAAGCAGAAAUGAAGGCUGUAGCUACUUCUCCUAGUGGCAGGUUCCUGAAAUUUGACAUAGAGCUGGGAAGAGGAGCAUUUAAAACAGUAUAUAAAGGACUGGACACUGAAACAUGGGUUGAAGUUGCUUGGUGUGAGCUGCAGGACCGGAAAUUAACCAAAGCUGAGCAGCAAAGGUUCAAGGAAGAAGCAGAGAUGUUAAAGGGUCUCCAGCAUCCCAAUAUAGUUCGAUUCUAUGAUUCCUGGGAGUCUAUACUAAAAGGAAAGAAAUGUAUUGUAUUAGUGACUGAACUUAUGACAUCAGGAACCUUAAAGACGUACUUAAAACGAUUUAAAGUCAUGAAACCAAAGGUCUUAAGGAGCUGGUGCAGGCAAAUUUUAAAGGGGUUGCAGUUCUUGCACACUAGGACUCCUCCUAUUAUUCACCGGGAUCUGAAGUGUGACAAUAUUUUCAUCACGGGACCCACUGGAUCUGUGAAGAUUGGUGAUCUAGGACUAGCCACCUUAAUGCGCACAUCAUUUGCUAAAAGUGUCAUUGGCACUCCUGAGUUUAUGGCCCCAGAGAUGUAUGAAGAGCACUACGAUGAAUCUGUGGACGUCUAUGCUUUUGGAAUGUGUAUGCUAGAAAUGGCUACUUCGGAGUACCCUUAUUCUGAGUGCCAGAAUGCAGCUCAAAUAUACCGUAAAGUAACUAGUGGUAUAAAACCAGCCAGUUUCAAUAAAGUCACUGAUCCUGAAGUGAAAGAAAUCAUCGAGGGAUGUAUUCGUCAAAAUAAAUCUGAAAGGUUGUCUGUCAGGGACCUACUAAACCACGCAUUUUUUGCUGAAGAUACAGGGCUAAGGGUGGAGUUAGCGGAGGAAGAUGAUUGCUCAAAUUCAUCUCUGGCUUUAAGGCUCUGGGUUGAAGACCCUAAAAAAUUGAAAGGCAAGCAUAAAGACAAUGAAGCUAUUGAAUUCAGUUUCAAUUUAGAAACAGAUACACCUGAGGAAGUAGCAUAUGAAAUGGUCAAGUCAGGAUUCUUCCAUGAAAGUGAUUCCAAAGCUGUUGCUAAGUCCAUUAGAGACCGGGUGGCCCUGAUAAAGAAGACAAGGGAGAAGAAGCCAGCUGGCUGUUUGGAAGAACGCAGAGACUCCCAGUGCAAGUCUGUGGGGAAUGUACUCCCUCAGCCCCAAAAUACAGCUUUGCCCCCUCCUCCUGCUCAGCACAGCGGGGCUGAAUGUGAAGAAACUGAAGUUGAUCAACAUGUGCGACAACAGCUUCUGCAAAGAAAACCACAAUGGCAUUGCUCCUCUGUUACAAGUGACAGUUUGUCUGAGGCAGGAGCUGGAUCAGUUAUACAUUCAGAAACUUCAAAUCAGCCCAGUAUAGCCUACUCCUCAGACCAGAUGAUGGGCUCUCAAAUGGUUUCUAACAACCCACAGGCUGAAAUAAAUGUUCCAGGGAAAAUUUAUCCAUCCCAGCAGCUAGUGGGACAUCACCAGCAGAUUUCAGGGUUGCAGAAGCAGCCAAAGCUGACUCAGCCCCAAAUUUUGCCUUUGCUUCAAGGUCAGUCCACUGUUCUGCCUGUACAUGUCCUUGGACCUCCGCUUGUCUCACAACUCCAGUUUUUGCCAUUAAGUGUCCCAAAGGUCUCACAGGUAAAGCCUGUAUCCCAAGCAGUUGGAGCUGAACAAACAGCAACUCUUCUAAAACCGGAUUUAGUUCGAAGUUUGAAUAAUGAUGUGGCAGCUGUGAAGGAAAACACCAAUACCCCUGAUAACCCAAGUGGAAAUGGCAAACAAGAUCGGAUCAAACAAAGAAGAGCUUCCUGUCCUCGAUCAGAGAAGGGGACUAAAUUUCAGCUUACUGUCCUUCAGGUGUCAAUCUCUGGAGACAACAUGGUGGAGUGUCAACUGGAGACACACAAUAACAAGAUGGUCACCUUCAAGUUUGAUGUUGAUGGUGAUGCACCAGAGGAUAUUGCAGACUAUAUGGUUGAAGAUAACUUUGUCCUGGAAAGUGAAAAAGAAAAAUUUGUAGAAGAAUUGAGGGCUAUCGUAGGUCAAGCCCAGGAGAUCCUUCAUGUCCACUCUGCUGCAGAAAGAGCCAUUGGAGUUGACUCUAUUACUAUGGAAUCCAGCAGUAGCCAAACAGGAUCAUCUGAACAAGUACAGAUAAAUUCUGCAUCCACUCAAACCAGCAAUGAAUCUGCUCCUCAGUCAUCCCCAGUUGGUCGAUGGCGAUUUUGUAUCAAUCAGACAAUAAGAAACCGUGAUGCUCAAUCUCCUUCUUCUCUUCAGCAGUCCAUGUCUACAGUUCCUGGGCUAAAUCUGCUUUCUAGUCCAAGAAACAUAAGUAAUAAGGAAAUAUCACAGGACACGCUGCUCACUCUAGAAAAUAAUCCAUGCCAGCGUGCACUUUACACCUCCACAUCAGAACACAAGGAUGUAGUUGAUGGUAAGAUUUCUGAAUAUGCCAGUGUAGAAACUAAGCAGCCAGCUAUACUUUAUCAAGUGGAAGAUGACAAGCAGAUAAUGGCACCAGUUGCUAGUAGUUCCAGUCUUGAAUGUGAGGGACUCACCAGCCAAGCAGGCAUAUUCCUACCUGUGUAUCCAGGUCACCAAGCUGCCAGUCAGGCAGCUCCUGGUGAGUCAACUCAGAUUGCUCCUAACUCUCUUACAACUCCGGCAUUUAUGUCUGAUCAAAAGCCUCAGUCCUUACCGGUGCAGCAGCCAACUAUGGAUGCAGAGUUUAUUUCCCAAGAAGGAGAAACCGCAGUGAUCGUGGAAGCAAGUUCUCCUAAGAUGGUCAUUCCCACUCAGACCCCUGGCCUUGAACCAACUAGCCUGCUGUCCUCUACGGUCCUGGAAUCAGACGGGGAAGGACCUCCAAAAAUGGAGUUUGCAGACAACCGAAUUAAAACUCUGGAUGAAAAAUUAAGAAAUUUGCUCUAUCAGGAGCAUAGCAUAUCUAGCAUCUAUCCUGAGAGUCAGAAGGAUACCCAAAGCAUAGAUUCUCCGUUUUCUUCCUCUGCUGAAGACACAGUCUCAUGUCCAGUGCCAGAAGUCAUAGGCAUCAGUCACUGUGGAAUUCAAGAUAGUCCUGCACAGUCCCCUAAUUUUCAGCAGACAGGCUCUAAGAUUCUGUCCAAUGUGACUGUGAGUCAGCCUGCAAACAUAUCAGUGUUCAAAAGGGACCUGAAUGUGAUAACUUCUAUACCCAGCGAAUUAUGUUUACAUGAGAUGUCCCCAGAUGCUUCACUUCCAGGGGAUCCAGAGGCCUAUCCUGCUGCUGUGUCAAGCGGUGGAGCCAUUCAUCUGCAGACAGGAGUGGAUACAGAAGAUACGAGAUCACCAGUUGCUCCUGACCCCAUUCCUCUGACAGGAGAGUCCACAGCUGAUGCUAGGGCUUUCAGUAGAUGUAAAGCAAUGAGUGGAUCAUUUCAGCGGGGUCGGUUCCAGGUGAUUACAGUUCCUCAGCAGCAGUCAGUGAAAGUGACAUCUUCUGGAAUAGAACACAUACCAGCAUUCAAUAAAAUGACAAGCCAGCCUAGUGAAGAAGCUUUAGCCUUUACUAAAACAGCAAAGUCUCAAUUGGUAGAAAUGGAACCUGCCACACACAAUCUGCAACCUUCACUUUCUUCUCAGAAGUUACAAGCUCUUCAGGAAACCUUAAAAGAAGAUAAAAGAAUUCCCAAACAAGCUGACAACUUCUCAUCUUUCAGUAUGGCUUGUGAGACUGUUGUAUCUUUGAUGACUCCAGAAAAGGCAUUGGAAGAAAAUUCAGCCACAGGAAGUAGCAUGCAGUCUGGAUCUGAACUGUUGUUUAAAGAGAGAGAGAUACUUACUGCUGGGAUGCAGCCUACCUCUAAUAGUGAAUUUUCAGCCACUCUUGGUGGCAGAGGGAAAUCAGUGGCAAAGAGUGGUCCAGAGAGAGUAAAGUGCUUACCACUCCGUGAAGAAAAAGCCUAUGUUCAAACACAGAGCUCACUCUUCUAUUCACCGUCUUCCCCAAUGAGCAGUGAUGAUGAGUCAGAAGUAGAGGAUGAGGACUUAAAGGUGGAGCUUCAAAGAUUACGAGAAAAACACAUUCAGGAGGUGGUAAAUCUUCAAACCCAGCAGAAUAAGGAGUUACAGGAGCUCUAUGAACGCCUUCGGGCAAUUAAAGAUGGCAAAGUCCAAUCAUCAGAGAUUCCUCUACCACCUGCAUCACCACGUAGACCAAGAUCUUUUAAAAGCAAACUUCGAAGCCGUCCCCAGUCCUUGACACAUGUGGACAGUGGCACAGUUGUAACAGAUCCACUGUGUGCGGCGGAAAGUAGUGCAGCAUCAUGCCAGCAAUCUCCAGCUAGUAAAAAAGGGAUGUUCACAGAUGACUUACACAAACUGGUGGAUGACUGGACAAAGGAAACAGUAGGAAAUUCUCUUAUUAAGCCAAGUUUAAACCAACUUAAACAGAGUCAACAGAAACUAGAAACAGACAACUGGAACAAAGUAUAUGAAAAUACUCCAUCUACUAUGGGCUACACAUCAACAUGGAUUUCUUCUCUGUCCCAAAUCCGUGGAGCUGUCCCAGCCUCCUUGCCACAAGGACUCUCACGCCCUUCAUUUCCUGGGCCAUUAUCAUCAUAUGGAAUACCCCAUGUUUGUCAAUAUAAUGCUGUGGGGGGGCCAGGGUAUCCGGUACAGUGGGUAGGAAUUUCAGGAACACCACAACAGUCUGUAGUAAUUCCUACCCAAUCUGGGGGACUGUUCCAGCCGGGGAUGAAUUUGCAGGCAUUUCCAGCUUCAUCAGUUCAGAAUCCAUCCGCGAUCCCUCCUGGUCCCAAGUGAAUCAGAGUAGAAGAUGAAGAAAAAGGAAAUGUUUUUCAGAAAUAUUUCCAGGACACCUAAGAUAAUAAACUUUCUUCUUCUUGGGUUCUGCCAUAUUUUCCCUCGUUUUGAGUUUACUUUCCACUAUAUAUUUUUUUCCAAUGUAGUAUUUGAUAUAGCUCAUCAUCCUGUAGAACUGUGCAGUUUGUACAUAGAACACUGCACACAGAAAUGUUUUUUCACUUCAAAUCCUAUCCUCUUUGAUACUUGAUUUUUUAAAAAUACUGUUCAGAAUGCUUUAAUAAGCUCAGCUUGAGCAUUUCCAUUUCCAGGACACUUUCCAUUAUUGCUGCUCUCUGCAGCUGGAUGAUACUUUUCUUUAAAAGGUAUAAAAACUAUUUAUAUUCCCCUAACAUGGGCAAAGUGAGACCCUCCAACAGCUGGAGUCUUAUGGGAUUCUUCACGUUUAUCUUAGGUUUACCUUUCGCAGAAGGCAGGGUAACUUGCUGCAGGAAAUGUUUUGGUAUACAAAAUUAGAAUAACUUUGUCAACCAAUAUAGAACAUGAGCCCUUUUUAAUGUGAUUUUCUUCCCGUCGUCACAGCAGUAGGAGUGAAGCCUUGUUUUAGGUGAGGCGGAGAGAAAGGAAAAAACAGAACUGUAACAGUUCCUUGAUUCUGCAGAUACUGUAGCUGCUUUAGGAUUUCCAUAGUAAUUCAAAGCAGCUAUCUCUGUUUCUCAUGUGCACACUACAUUGUUUUUGAGCAUCUGAGAGGCAUUGGUUUGGCUUGCAUUCUUUUGCAAGGGAUGUAUUGCAGCUGAUGUGAAUCUCAUUUGGGGGGAAUCUUAGUGUUCCUAACAAAAAGGAUUCAAGUUACACCUCUAUUAGUCCAUUCUUCUGAAGUGAAAUUUACUUGACACAGUAGGUUUUGUAGGUUUUGAGACUUACACAUGAAACACUGGCUUUACAGGGUUCUAAGAGAUGUGGGGUAUACAUUGUCCUGCAGUAGAUAGUAGACCCUCAAACGAUACUAUUUAAGUUGCCCUUAGCUUUUUUUUUUUUGGAUUACCUUUUUUUCAGUUGUUAUAGUUUCCUUGUUAGUAUCUAGCAUCUUAGAUGAUUUUAGAUCUCAGAUGAUUUUGGCAGCCUCUUUAGAAUCUGAGAGAGAUCACUGUCAAGUUGCACUUUACUGGGUUUUAUCCAGUUUUAGGAGGAGGGGAGGCAAUGUCAAAAUAUACACUUUUAGUUUUCAAGAAGGUUAACUGUAAUAAUCUUAAAAGGCUGGUCACAGAGUUACCUAAUGCUCAGUCUGUGAAACCCAAAUAGAAUUCUAAAAUGGUAUUUAUCGACUACCACAUAUAAAGAUGUUUAAAAUACUUAGUUUUCGCUCUGAAGAUUUCAAGGUCAUUUCUAGUACACAUUUACGUAAUAACAAGUUGUCUACUGGUCAACAUUCCAGAUGAUCACCCAACAUUUCUGUUGACAGAUUUUCCUCCAUAUUCCUCUAAAAAUUUUACCCCGUGAUCUUGCCAGGUAAUGAGGAAAACUUAAUGGGUGUACCUUUUUUUGCACAGUCUACUUUGUGACAUGCAGUACACUUUUUCAAAAAAAACAAAUGUAUCUUAUGUUACUUACCUGAGGAUCACACUCAGCAUCAUGAAGAUUCUGUUGCUAUCAUUUGGGGGCAUCCAGGGCAGCAUUUUGAGAAUUGCUGUUGAUAAGAGCCACAGUUUUCUUUUAAUAAAACAUAUUCUGGUUUGGAUGAAUCUUUCUAAAUCUUAUGUACAGAUUCUUCAAAUUUCUUCUACAGUAUUGGUUUGCAAGUUGAAGUGGUUUUAGGACAUUAGUGUAAUGCAAAUUCUUGCAUUGCAAUUUUCCAUGUGUACAAAAACAAUGUGCCUAAAAUCCGUAAUUCUUUAAAACUGCUUGUGUUUCAUUAUUAGAGUCAGCUUUGUGUGAUUACAUUGAGACUUACAACCUAUAAAGUGAAAAUACUGCAGGUUUUAUGAUCCCUUCUUCUCGAGUUGCAAUCCUUUUAAACAGUGUACCCCAGGAUGAAAAAAGCUCCAUGGAUGACAUGCACAAUUACAUUUAUUAAUGGCUGCUCUACAUCAAAUGUCCCACAUUUUGCCACCACCUCUGUUUUAUGUAUAAUUCAUCAUUCUUUUGCCUGCAGAAUUUUGCAGUGCCUUGUAAUAUUUAGAAUCUUUUCAGAUUUUUUGCUGGAAAGAAAAGUAGUCUUCUAAAGUUUGAAGAUGGUGAGUAGUGUACUGCUGUCUCCAUGCUGACUGCAGUAGUUGGGUUAACAUAUGUAUACAUGAUGUAUAUGUAACAUGUAUAAGUUUAAAAAUACAGAAAAAAGUGAGUUUGUGCAGAAAUGAAGAAAACAGUGUUAUUCACAUCACUGUGUGUUUUUAAGUUAUUUUUUUCCCAUUACUUAAAUAUUUGAUUCCAAUUACAGUCACUUUGACUGUAAAUAUUAGCUAGUUUUCUAUCUAGGGGUUUUGCAUUAUUUCAUAAUUUUGCUAAAUCAUAUGAUAGUGCUGUUUUCAUCCUUGCUGAGGUACUUCCCCCCCCCCCCAGAAAUAAUUAACUCUUGAGGUAAAGCUCAGAAAUUCCCUUCUUACUUAACAAAGAGCCUACUAUGUAACAAGGGCCUUCUUCCCAUUUCCAACACACACACACAAACCUGUCCUUUCCAUUUUCCUUCUUGUAGAAAAAAAAAGGUUAUACUAAACCAUCCCACUUGUAAAGUUUAUUUGGGGGUAGUCUGUGUGUCCAACCACCAUGUUUACUUCUCAAAGUGCAAGUCUGAUGAAUAGUACUGUAUCUCCAUAUGUGGCAAUGUGAGCAUUUCAUCAUGAAUUACCUGCUGCUAUGUUUGUGAAGUUGGGUGUAACAUCAUAAGAAUAUGAAACCAGUAUUGGUGUAAAUCUAAUGAAAAUAACCCUAUGUAUAUUUGUAGCAGUCUUGAAUCUCUAAGGCAAUUUGCUGUAGUAUAACAAAUAUCCAUUUCGUUUUUCAUAUUUUUCUUGCCAGUUUUAUAUCAAGCAUGAAUUCUAAUGGUUUGACAGCAAAAUUAUCUGUGAAAGUUUAAAAGGCACUUUUCUGCUGUGAUUUUUGGAUUGAGUGUGGAGUGUUAUGUACAGUAUGAUGGGAUGUAUCAUUUUAGAACCGCAGAUUUAAUUCUACUCCAAUUACAUUUGUUUAUCUACCUCUUUUUCAGUGCUGUUUUGGGGUACACAUGUAAACACUGCCUGUGAAACUUGCUUUUUUGCCUUGAUUCUCAGUAUUCUUUCAGGUUAUAAAUCUGGCCUGCUAACUAUGAGUUUGAAAUGAGAAGGACCAUCACUCUGGUACCAAUCUAUGUUUAAGUGACGAGAGCCACAUGCUUCUGUGAAAUAAGCUUUGGGGAUUUAGGGAUGGAGAACAGAGAAAUAAAUCCAGCUGGUGGCAAUAUAGGACUUAGUUGUAGAAGUUAGUUGCAAAAUAAACAAAUGAUAAGAAAGUACCUAAAUUAGACAAUCUGGUGCCUGUAACUUCGUAUCUUUUUUUUUGCGGUACGCAGGCCUCUUGCUGCUGUGGCCUCUCCUGUUGCGGAGCACAGGCUCAGGACGCGCAGGCUCAGCGGCCAUGGCUCACGGGCUCAGCCGCUCCGCAGCACGUGGAGUCCUGACUGGGGCACAAACCCGCCUCCCCUGCAUCGGUAGGCGGACUUUCAACCACUGCGCCACCAGGGAAGCCCUGUAACUUCGUAUCUUUUAUUAGAGAUGCGUUUCUUGUCUGUGUGCCUAAAGGGCUAUGGGUUGAAACUGCUUUAACUAUCACAAUGAAAUAUUUGACAAAUAUUACAGCAGUGGCCCAUCAUUCAGCAUAUUAGCAUACUGCUAGGUAUUUGCAAUGAUAUUUUAUUACCUUAAAAUGGCCAUAUGCUUUUAGUUGAAUUGUAGUUAGUCGUAACUGUUUAUCCAAUCUCUAAAGUUUAUUGGAGGCAUUGACUUUCUUCUUUGCUGUCUUCUCUGAGUGAUGAAAAUGAUGCAUUCUCUGUUUUUUCCAGAAAACUGAGCAAAUGUUUGUAAACCACAUGUUAUUUGUUUCACAUGUUUACUGUGUGUAACACUACAGCAUGUUUAAUGUUAGUAAAUACUGUAUUUCAGGCUUCAUGUACAAGUACAUUCCUGAGGUAUACUUGCCAUCAGUUUGGGAUUCAGUUAUUUAAUCUUCUGUUUGGUUUAGAAGAAUCUUGAGAUAUUUGAGGUGGUGUGCAGGCCAUUUUCUAGAAUAGAUUGUUCAUUUUUAAUCCUGUAGUUUACUGGGGACUUGUUUUUUCCCCCUUUAUUUAGAAGAUGAACCAGUAAGGGAGCAGGGCAUAGGAAAGGUCAUUGAUUUGGUAAAUGUAAUUUCUGGGAUUGAAAUAAAAAACCCACAAACAAUCCAGACUGUAAAAUGGUGACACUCAAACUUGGUAAAAUCCUUUGAAGUGAAGUUAGUAUGAAAUUUUUAUGGAGCCAGAUGCUUUCAGGUCACCCUGGAAAUAGUCUUUGUAUGUGAAGGAUGAACACAAACAUUGGUCAGGGACCUUGACAGCCACCAUUGGCAGGGGCCUGGGAUAGUAACUAGGUUACACUUAGUUAUUUUCAACUGAGAUAGCUGGAAGAUUAUAUAAACCAACAGCUCCCAUUCUGGAAGGUCUUCUUUUAAUUAAAAAAACCUCUAACAGAAAGGCCAAAAGUCAAGCAAGAAGGGGAGAAACUGGGCUCUUGAGAAAAAAAAAAGUGCCAGUGAAAAAUAAAAUUCCUAAAUGUGUGCUUGUCAUCCUUCCAGUUUUUUUUUUUAAGUUGCAUUUCUUCUCCGUUAUAAUUUAAGAUUUCAGAUUGAGGUUUGUGGUCCAGAACAUACCCUCAGCAGAAAUAGUGACUGAUUGGAAAGUGCAGUUGUUCAAGGUCUGUCAUGCUCAAUCACUUAAAGCUGUAAUUUGUUUGAUAUGAAUAUUAAGCAUGUAGACCUAGUGCAGCAUGGGAGCCACUCAGGAAGUUUAUGCAAUUAAUAAACUUUCAUGCAUAAUUAAUUUACUAUGAAGUAUGCAGAAUUUCAGCCACUUCUCUACACUUAACACUUAGUUGUAUAUGUGAACUCUCCUUUCUUAAUUGGGGAAUGUAGCAUUAUAUGGAAUGUUGUUAAACCUAAUUUUAAUCCUUCUUGACAUUAACUUUUAUUAUUUUUUUGGUAAACCAAGUGAUCUGCCUUUAAGCAGUUGUCUGAUUUUGGUUCUUUGAAACUGUGAUUUUUAUUUCAUUUGUAUCCAACCAUUUGUUUUGUUUCCUGGAAAUUUUGUUUUGAAACAGAAAAUAAAGGCUGUGUUAAAAUGAGUAUGUUAUCUUAUUAAAACGCUGUCAUAGUCACUGCAAUCAUCUGGCUUAAACUGGUUCUUCAUUUACCAAAUCUAAUUUAGCAGAUUUAAAAACUUUAGUCCUAUAGAUAU